AUGUCAACCUCCAGCAGCGAUUUCCAGAAAGGCUACAAUGAUACCCAAAACACCGUAAAAGCUGUGUCGACUGGUAUUAUUGUAGCUAUAGUUCUCACAAUAGUUGGCACGAUAGGAUUCACAAUUGCUCUUGUCGUCCUGCUGCGGCGGCAGAAAAAGAGACGCGAUGCAAGAAAUGCUGCCUUCGAGCCAAUAGCGUACAACAGUAACACGCAAAAUGCUCCUAGAGGCUACCCUAGUCCGCAACCGCCUUUCCAAGCACCAUCUCCAGCCCACUCGUAUCAGCCUGGACCAUAUGGCAACAAUGUGUCGCCGAGAUAUGAAGCGCCGAAUACCCCAGCACCGUAUCCCGAGGCGCCAAAUAACGAAGUCGAACCGAAGAAGCCUUAUGACAACGCAGCAGCAGAACUUGGUGGGAGUGACGUCAAAUAUGAGCCGACGCGGAAUGAGCUGCCAGCCUGA